CAGAGACACACACCCGCGAACACACAUUCGCCAGUGACUCUCAGACAGUGAAUAUUAGUCGUCUGACCAGCAGCUGCUACUGGUCGCUGCACGGAGCUCCACUUUGCAGCAGCCCGCCUUGUUUUUGAGUGUUUUCAGUCGAAGGGAUAAGAGGACAGCGUGCAAUCCCUGGCUGUUCUUUUUUUUUUUUUCUUCUCUGUGAGGAUUCUGAAGUCUCUGCUCCUCUUCUCCAGCCCAGCCUUCCUCUCCUCCUUUCUUCCAUUUCCCUCUCUCUCUGUCAUUCUCUCAGCGCUUCGUUCUAAUUUUGGAAACAUGGAACCUCGGGGAGCGCUCUCCCAAAGCUAUUUAUGUCCUCGCCUCUCCUCCUCCUCCUCCUCCUCCUCCUCCUCCUCCUCCUCCUCCUCCUCUCCUCUCCCUCUCGUCGGCCAGGAGGAGAACAGUGCGAGGAUCCUUUGAUGCACCCGAGCGGGAGACUUCGGCUUCUCCUUCGUGUCUGUAUUUUUGUUGUGUUGUCGGCUGUGGGAAGCGGCGAAGUGGCUGCAGCAGCUCCUCUCCUGAAACGGUCCCUUCCAUCACUCCUCGCCGUCCUGCAGGCUCUACGAAGCGACCGCAUUUCACCGAUUCCGUCCCGAUCUGCUCGCUAAAGACUCGGCGAAGGUUCGGUGCACCGGAGGAAGCAAACUUUCUUCUUCCGUCUGCCGCACCGAUUGUCACAUCGUCCCGAAACACCACCGGCCAGGAGCCAGCGAAGUCUUUCUGCAUGAAUCAGGACUCCAGGUGAUGCAGGCAAGAGAAGCCGAUUACAAAGUCACAUUCUGGGAAGCCUGUGUUUCCUCAUUUCCUUUUGCAUUUUGAUUCAUUCCUCAGUCCCAGCGGAGGGGAAGACUUCCCGGAACCUGCAGCUGGGACUGCAAUAUUAAACAGGAGGAUUUUGUCUGAACUGUCAGUGACCGGUCAUCACAACACAAGCUGAACAGCCCCAAACAGGGGGAGCUCCAGGAAACAGAGAGGUGGAGGCUACCUGCGAAUCCAACCGGUGGAGUGGAUUACAUAAUACAAGCAGAGAGGAGCUCUGUAUCGAUUUUUUAAUGGAAUUUAUCAUCGUUUUUAAGCCACUUUAAGGGACCGUUUCACAAUAAGAGCACAAAAAACAGUUUGCAUUUCAGAAGUUUUCAGUUAAACCACUUGAUUGUCUUUCCCCUGCUCCUUGGCUACUCAAAUCCUACCUAAGCCAUGGCUGUGUCUCGGAAGAAGAACUGACUGGCGUUUUCAUAACAAAACAAAGCACCGGCUCUUGUCUUGGCAUGCUGUUGCAUCCCACGGUGUCAGGAUUGUGCGCCAUGUUGCAGACCAUCUAUGAGACUGAGUCCUGUUUUUCUUCUGCCAGCACAGACAGCCAUCACCAGCCUCUGGAGCUCCUGAGUGACAGCAGGGGCUCCGGCGCUGCCAUGCCCACCGCAUUAGUGGAGGUGAAGAGCAGCCUCCCGUCAGGGAUGCAGAGCCCAGUAGGAACAGCAAGCGAGCAGAGAGGAGGAGGUGGAGAAGGUGGUGGGGGUCCAGCGGAAGGCCCAGGAGGAGGAGGAAGCCCAAUGGACCUGAGAACAGAGCCCAGGGUGGGCGCUCUGUCCGGGGGAGCAGCAGUGGACACCGCCCUGAGAGAGCAGCAGCUCCAGCAGGAACUCGUGUUGCUCAAACAGCAGCAGGAGCUCCAGAAGCAGCUCCUGUUCGCUGAGUUUCAGAAGAAGCACGAAGUGUUAACGAGACAGCAUGAAGUCCAGCUGCAGGAGCAUUUAAAGCAACAACAGGAGCUGCUGGCAGCAAAACGGCAGCAGGAGCUGGAGCAGAAGAGGAAACUGGAGCAACAAAGACACGAGGAGCAGGAGAAACAGCGACUGGAGCAACAACUGCUGCUGCUGAGGAACAAGGAGAAAGGCAAAGAGAGUGCCAUUGCCAGCACAGAGGUAAAGCUAAAGCUGCAGGAGUUCCUUCUCAGUAAGAAAGAGCCUGGUCCCGGUGGACUCAACCAUUCCUUCUCCCCAAAGUGCUGGGGAGCCCAGCACACCUCCCUGGAGCAGAGCUCUCCUCCGCAGAGUAACACCCCAGGAACUCCUCCCUCCUAUAAACUGCCCCCACUGCUGGGGAACUACGAGGGCAAAGACGACUUCCCGCUUCGCAAGACGGUCUCAGAGCCGAACCUGAAGGUGCGUUCACGGUUGAAGCAGAAGGUGGCGGAAAGGCGGAGCUCCCCUCUCCUCCGCAGGAAGGAUGGAACCGUCAUCAGCACCUUCAAGAAGAGAGCCAUAGAGAUAUCGGUUUCCUCUCUCUGCAACAGCGCUCCGGGUUCAGGUCCCAGCAGUCCCAACAGUUCCAACACAGCCAUCGCCAACGGCAACACGGGAUCGGUCCCCAACAUCCAGACUGAGCUGAGAUCUCUCCAUCAGACGCUGGGGGCUGAUGGGACGUUGAGUCCUCUGAGUCUCUACACCUCCCCCUCCCUGCCGAAUAUCUCCCUGGGACUUCCUGCCAACACACACAUCACGACCUCCCAGAAGCUGUCCACUCAGCAGGAGGCUGAGCUUCAAGCCAUCCAGUCGUUGCGAGGAGGCGGAGCUCUGACAGGGAAGUUUCUCUCCACAUCUUCCCUUCCUGCAGGUGUAGGACAUGAUGUGGAGACUCCACCCCCCAGCUCUCACUCAGCCCAUUCCUCGUUAUUGCAGCACGUGUUACUGCUGGAGCAGGCCAGGCAGCAGACUGCUAUGCUAGUCCCCAUGUACAGCCAGUCGCCGCUGGUUACGGCAGAGAGAGGCGUGUCCAGCGGCAUGCGGUCGGUCAGCAAGCUGCCUCGCCACCGACCGCUGGCUCGUACCCAGAGUGCACCUUUGCCCCAGUCCCCCCAGGCCCUGCAGCAGCUGGUGGUCCAACAGCAGCACCAGCACUUCCUGGAGAAACACUACAAGAUGCUUUCAAAGGGGGCGGAGCUUCCCAGGCCGCCACCCACCCACCCAGAGGAGACAGAGGAGGAGCUAACAGAGACCAAUGACAUGCAGGAGGAUGACGUAGGGGCAGGCCUUCACAGGCUUCAGAAGGAGGGGUCUGACGACAGCACGCCUUCAUCUGAGCGGCUCGGCGUGCUCGUGAAGGGUGAGGAGGAGCGCGGGAGCAUUCACGUCAAAGGAGAGAGCACCGAGAGCGAGCUGGAUGAAGAGGAAGAGGACGAUGAAGUCAUCCAGCUGAGGGAGGGCGAUGAAGAGGAGAGGGGGAGCUACACACAGGCCUUGCAGCAGCUGGGUGUGUUCCAGUCCUCGUUGCCCCACAGACCUCUGGGAAGAGCGCAGUCCUCCCCUGCGGCCACCGUCAAUCCCAUCAAGCACCUCUUCACCACCGGGCUUGUAUACGACAGUCUGAUGUUGAAGCAUCAGUGUGUGUGCGGCAACGCUCACAUCCACCCGGAGCACGCUGGGAGAGUGCAGAGCAUCUGGUCCAGACUGCAGGAGACGGGCCUGCUGGGUCGUUGCGAGAGGAUUCGUGGGCGUAAAGCGUCCCUGGAUGAGAUCCAGUCCGUCCAUUCAGAGUUCCACACUCUGCUGUAUGGAACCAGUCCGCUCAAUCGGCACAAGCUGGACCACAAGAAGCUGCUGGGUCCAAUCAGCCAGAAGAUGUACGCUGUUCUUCCCUGUGGAGGAAUAGGGGUGGACAGCGACACCGUGUGGAAUGAGAUGCACUCGUCAGCGGCGGUGCGCAUGGCAGUGGGCUCAGUCAUUGAGCUGGCCUUCAGAGUGGCUGCAGGGGAGCUGAAGAAUGGUUUCGCGGUCGUGCGUCCACCGGGCCACCAUGCUGAGGAAUCCACCGCCAUGGGGUUUUGUUUCUUUAACUCAGUAGCCAUCACUGCCAAGCUGCUGCAGCAGAAACUCGGAGUGGGCAAGAUCCUCAUUGUUGAUUGGGACAUUCACCAUGGCAACGGCACCCAGCAGGCCUUCUACAGCGACCCCAACGUCCUCUACAUCUCCCUCCAUCGCUACGACGACGGAAAUUUCUUUCCUGGCAGUGGAGCUCCUGAGGAGGUGGGAUCAGGUGCUGGUGUCGGUUUUAAUGUGAACAUAGCGUGGACUGGAGGAGUGGAGCCCCCUAUGGGUGAUGUGGAGUACCUCACUGCCUUCAGGAGUGUGGUGAUGCCCAUCGCCCAGCAGUUCAGUCCAGAUGUGGUGCUGGUGUCGGCCGGCUUUGACGCGGUGGAGGGUCACCAGUCUCCUCUGGGAGGCUACAACGUAUCUGCCAAGUGUUUCGGUCAGCUGUCGCAGCUGCUGAUGGGUCUGGCGGGUGGGCGGGUUGUUAUGGCGCUGGAGGGCGGUCAUGACCUCACGGCUAUCUGUGACGCAUCGGAGGCCUGCGUCGCUGCGCUGCUGGGAGACCCGUGUGACUCUAUGUUUCAGUGGCCUCAGGAGCAGCCGUGUCCAAAAGCCUGCGCCUCACUGGAGAGAGUAAUAGAGAUCCAGAGUAAACACUGGUCCUGUCUCCAGAGUUUGUCUCAGACCAGCGGCCACUCGCUAUUGGACGGCCCCCUGGCUGCUCAGGGCCAAUCAGAGAAGGACGAGGCAGAGACGGUCAGCGCUAUGGCCUCGCUGAGUGUCGACGUCGAGCAGCCGGGCUCCGUUCCUGACAACACAGAAACCAGCAGGUCAACUGAGGAGCCAAUGGAAGAAGAGCCCGUCUUGUAGGAGGAGCUUAAACGAGAAGCACACGAAAAACUCCACAUUCACCUCCUUCUAGCACCUCCUCUUCCUCUUCCUUUUCCUCUUGGUCCGCGGAGUGUGCGUAGGAACGCACACACAGAGUGGCAUUGUGCCGUUGUGGAGGACUCCCAUUGGCUGAGGAGAACAUGAUGGAGGCAGAGAGGGGGCGGGGCCUGUGAAAAACGUGGACGCGUCUCUUUCCUGCUGGUUCGUCCGUCCGAGGAGGAGCAGACGACUUGUUGGCAUCUCCAUGGCGACCAGAGGAGGGAAGCGUCGGGAAGGAUACACGUCUUGUACCCUUGUAUACUUCACCCCCUGUACACAGCACCACUGAGUUCUACUCUUCCACCAUCCACAUCAUUCUUUCCGUCUUUUUAUUCCGUCCCUUCUCCUCUGUUUCCACUGAGGGACGAUAACUGUGGAAAACUCGAAUCUCGUCGGACACCGAGUGGACGACUUGUCUUCUUGAGUGUCCGUUUGUGGCGUCGGAGAGACAAACAUGCCUGGCGAACCCCGGGGGUCGCCGGGCGCUGGAAGGAGGAGUUACCUGUUUAUAAAUAAGCAGAGGAGGAGGAGGAACUAGGUGCCUUUUUUUCUGUCCACAAAAACAAACCGUCCAGUCAAAAAAAAACCACAAACCACCGCCGCAGCACCUCAGCAAACCAACCAGCCAAUCAGGACUGAAGAAACACACUGACACACACACACACACACACACACACACGCACACUGCUGUUGUUUCAGUCGGUCAGUUCAUUUUUGGGUCUUUGUUUCUUCAUCUUGAUGCCUUAGUUUGUUCUAUUCUCACUAUUUAGCAACCCUGAGACGACGACAGAAUCGCAUAAAUAUAAACUCUUCAAACUAACUGCUAACAAUUCUACGUUCUUUCAAGUCUGACAACAUUAACACCAGAUAUUCCCCCCAGACUGGUGUUUUUUUGAUGGACAAAAAGCCUCUAAAGCCAUUGUCGCACGCUAGAAAUCUCCAGUAAAAACCGCCAAUCGUAGUAUCAGUAAAAUAACACUCAGUCAGACCUUUGUGGACUCUGGUAGAAGCGUCUCAGGAUCAGGUUUCAUGGUUUUAAACGUGUAACUAAUGAAACUGCCCCCCUUCAGUCCUCUCACUCUCUUACACCUGAGCCUCACAGCUUUUUCUCUCUGAAGGGAGAUCGUUGAAUUGUGUUUCUGAAACACCACGACGACCCGACGAUCGCCGCAUCCCUCUUUGUCUUUUUUUUUUGUGUGUGUGUUUUUAUAAAUUGUAAAAUUUUCUGUUUAGUGUAAAUACUGUCUCCUGUCCUGUCGCCCAUGGUUACGUCACAGCAGACUCAUUUUCUAUACCUGUAUAUACGUAUAUGUAUAAAAAACACAAAAUACUACUUUCUCAUUUUGUAUAAAAAGCAAAAACCACAUCAUAUAUAAAUAUAUCUAUAUACAUCUAUACAUAUCUAUACAUACGUAGGUAUAUAUAGAUGUAUGUAUUUGUUUUAUCCAAUCAGAUUGGAUUUCUGAAUAUAUUCUAUUUGAAGAUUUGAUGUUUUGAACGUUCGGCUGUUUGACAGGAAGUAAGCACAGGGUCUGACGCCAUCGGACCAGAACCUGUUUGUUUGUUUGUUUACAGUUACAGAUGCUGAGGAUGGCUGGAUGUUGUUGUUGUUGUUGUGUUGCUGUUGUUGUUGUUGUCGGAGGGGAACAGCCAGCUCCUGUUCCUCUGGCAGAACCAGCGCUGCCCCCCUCAGGUAAACAGCAGCAACUACAGAAAGAAGGGGGACGUUAAGGCGAACAGGUCAUGAGCGGGUGAAUAUGCCGGUCCAGUGAUGGUGUGUUUCAGUCUGUUUGCCCUCACCGUAACGCUACAUAUCUAAGUCCUGACUAAUCAGCUCCUGUAACGGUUAUAUUUGCAGCCCCUGAGAGGCUCGUUAGCUCUGAUCCAACAGCAGCAAACUAUGUGUGAUGGUCACUGAGUGGAUUAUAAAAUCAUGAGAGUAUAAGAAAGAUGUGGAGACUCCCUGUGAUGACAUGACAAAGUGAGGCCACUUGCAUUGACUUGAGUGGAGCAGACCUUUCUUGUUCAGUUUUUGUCUCUUUUGUCACAUUUUCUCCUCGUUUAAAGCCACACUAACCGUUUUUCCCACUUGGGGGCAGCAAAAAAACCCUGUAAAUACAAACACUUGCACGUUGUCACCUUCUCCAGUGGAUAUGUGAACACUCGCCUGUUUCUACAUCCAGCAGACGAUUCAUUUAAGCAGGUCGUCUGUUGUAUUUACUCCUCUGUUAGCUCUGCUUUAAAUAGCUACUAUGUGUGUGCUGAGCUGCUAAAUGCUCCACGGGUUGUUUCCAGUUUCGUUUAUCUGCAGUUUGGUGCUAAGCAGGUAGCAUCGAGUGGGAUUUUAGAGCUUGUUGUGCUUUUUUGCAGCCAAAUAUGACGCUAAGAGAGCAGUAAAGGUGCUUUCAGGUAUAAAUGGUUACUGCUAUGUUUGUAAAAAGGCUGCAGCGUCGCCACCGCGGCUCCCAGCUACCUCUGACCUUACCAGCCUGUACACCACACGCUGCUGCUAUCCGCCUGGUUCAGAGCCAGGACUCUGCUAAACGGAGACAGUUGUAGCUUAAAAUAACACACAGGGUCAGCAAUAUGACAGGAUUAACAUUGCAAGCAUUGUUAUCCACCAUAAACACUGUUUGUUUUCCCAGACCGUGCAAUAAAACUUCCAGGUUUCUGUCGUUGAAACGAUACCUGCUGGUAAAGAUGUGGGCAGAUAAGCGACGCAGAGACCGAAAAAUCAGCAAAUAUUGAGUCUAACAACUAACAUUCUUCUUUCCACUCCGUGACUGCAUGGUGUGCUGUUCCUGGAUCAGCGCUAAUGAGCUGUAGGAGGGUUUGUUACAUGAAAUGAUGCUCACAAAUCAAAAGGACAAAUUAAUGUUAGCCAGAAGUUAACAGAAGGUGAACCUUUAUAAACAAGAAAACUACUACAGAGUGAUGCUACGUGUCCACUAGAUGUGUUUUACCUGCAUGUCGGCUGCUUGGUAGAGGUGGGGGGAUCGAUCCAAAUAUCAGCAGUAUCGAUACCAGCAUUGGUACUGAUAUUGAAUGAUACCAGUGUAAUAAGAUCGAUACUUUAGGUUCAGUUUCUCUCCUGUAUGCCAAUUGCAAAAACUAGCGACGUCUGAGCAGCAUCAGUCUGCACUGUGAGGCGUUUAGGGAACAUCGGUAAAUGUAGUGUCUGUCCAUAAGCAAAUGCUCAGCUAGUGAAGUGUUUCCCCUGGAACCAGGUGGGACAGUGUCUGUCACACUUUAUUAUCAAAGACAAUAAAAAAAUGAACCCUGUUUAAGGAGGUUACCCCUCACUUUGUGAUUUCAUCGCCAACCCAGAUUCUUCCUGGUCUGACCCACAGAAAACCUACCCAGGAAUUAGUCUGAUCCUUAAACCCUGUAAGCAUUUACAACCCCAUCUUCAUUCCAGAUGUGGACGACCAAAUACAGCCGCUAACUUUUGUUCUAAAGCUACCAACUUGUGAAAAAGUUAGUCUGGAGUAUCAGUAUUGAUAUCAGUGAUAGUGACUUUGUAUUUACUUGAUACUGGAUCGACACAAACACUAGUGGUGUGCAUUAUUGUGCACCACUAGUGUUGAACUCCUGCUGACCUUCUUCUACAACUAUCCUGCCCCUGAUUGGACAAACGCAUUUACUCGGGAGCUGUCUGCUCUUGGAUUUCUUGCUUGGUUGCAAACUUUGUCUUUUAUUAUGAAAACAAUUCAGCAGAAGUGUUUGUGAAAGCAUUUGAGGUGAGAAAUAAGCUGUCGUAUCCUUGUUUUAGUUCACCAACAGCUAGUUUAGACGUCUGACCAAAGUUUCGCGAUGCAUCGAACCUCCACACUCCACAAUGAAUUUGCAUAAAGUAGAAGUGGAGUCUCUAAAUUGUCCGUAGGUGUGAAUGUGAGUGUGAUUGUGUGUCUGUAUAUGUAGCCCUGUGACAGACUGGUGACCUGUCCAGGGUGUCCCCUGCCUUCACCCGAGUCAGCUGGGAUAGACUCCAGCACCCCCCAUGACCCUAGUGAGGAUAAAGCGGUGUAUAGAGGAUGGAUGGAUGGAUAGAAGUGGAGUCUACUUUAUGCAAAUGAGCUGCGGCUCUCAGAAGGAAACAUACCGCAACCGGACCAGCAUGCAACGGUGCGUUUCAUAUAAACAAUGAAUGGGAUGCGGGAUCUAGUGGACACGUUCCAAAGUGAAACAGAAUUCAUAGAACAAAUGUUACAAUACUCUAACAAACUGCAGCCAAUCACAGCUUUAAAAUGGAGGAUUUUGGUUAAAAGAUUCAUUCAGACUAACAAAACUGCACCCAAACUCCAGAACUGGACCGCUCUAUUCUCCAACUCAACUCACAAACUCUACUGAUGGUGUCGCCAAGUCGACAGCCUUCAGCCUCACUUAACUCCAUUUCCCAGGACUCUUUGCGGUGUUGUAGCUGACGCCGCUACCUCCGGGUCCCGUCUGUUCAAAGCAAUACCACAGCGGUAGGAGAGCAGCUUCAGCGUUGCCAUGGUAACACAGCGGACAGCGUCACAGCUUACAUCAUCCAUGGAGCUCCUUCUGCCUUUUUUAACACGCGGUCGGGUGCCGUUUGUGCGUACCGUUUGUCAGGUGGAACAGAUGGGCCGUACUGAUUGAUCAGCCGAUUGAUUUAUUGAUUUAUUGAGCUGUUUUUCCAGGAGGUUCAGUGUCGUCUUUUUUGUACUAACGUUUAACACUAAAGCCAUUUUGUCCAUUGAACCUGCAGACAGUAAUAGCAGCACCUCACCUUUUAGAGGCUGGAGUGAGUGAUGGAGCCGGACAGACUGACGCGAUUAUUGGAGGGUGGUGUUGAAUCUGAGCUCGACUGGAGUUCAUGCAAGCAAAACGAUGGCGGGACAAGCGAGCGCCGACUACCAGGAGCUGAAAAAAAAAAGCCUUAAUACUUAAAAAAUGACCCCCAACAAGUAGUGAUGGAGACGGUGUUUGUUGAGGAGUCACCUAGGCAGCACCUUGUGGCCAUUAGGGGAACUGCGUCUUAAAAUAUUAAAAUAUGUUGUUUUUGAUGUUAUUAGUUACUUCUGGUUUAUUUUGGCCGUCAUUCUUCUUCAGAAGCACAUCGCAUUCACAAAAGAGUAAAAAUAGAGACCUUUUCUCCUCAUCUUGAGGAAGACGGUCUCUUUAGAACGAGCUCUGGAUCUUGUAAACACCAGAUCUUACUUUAAAAUGUGACAAUUACUAAAAACAAUAAAAAGCCUAAAUUGCCAUUCAAACUUGUAUUUAUUUCAUUGAAUCCAGUAGCGCCAUCACCCCAGUCCUCUUAAGUAUAGCAACCGUUAACAACCACUGAUUGUAUUUACGAAACCAUUACAACUGACGGACCGCAACAAGAAAAAGCGAGUUCCUCCCACGAUCCGAUUAGAACACCUGAACUUGUCUUAUGGCUCUUCUCCAGGUUGUUUUCUCCUGAAUAGAUCCUUGCUUGUGUUGGAUCUACUCUCACACGUGUGUCGCUUUGGAUAAAUGAUUUUGUAGAAUCAUUUUUACUCGCUCCAGAUCUUGAGAGUAAGAGAUAAAACAUUUUCUGUGAAUGCUCUGUGCUUCCAUCCACAAGAACUUCAAAUUCAUUUUAACACCCUCUCAAAUGAAUAAGUUAUUUUAACUUAACAUCCUUGCCACAGCUGAGAAAUCAACAUUUUAUCGCCCCUGUUGAUUUACCUUUCCUUUUAAUUGUUUAGUUAAGAAGUUCUUAAACUAUUUGUGGCUUAAAGAGAAACAACAUCCACCUGUUUUUCUUUGCUUUCAGCACUAAAGCCACAAUGAGAGCGCUGGAAAUGAGCAAAAGUUGAAGUAAUGUGUCGUAAAAAACACCACGUUAGACUAAGAUAGAAAAAGUUGACAUCAGUAUGAGCCUAAUCUAGGAUUUAAUACCUGAAACUGACACAUUUUUAUCAGUUUUGCUCUCAGCGUUCCGUCUUAACUUCACACAAAUUGAGAAUUAGCGCCACCAGCUGUUCAUCUCAAUGCACCAAGCUUUUGUUAGCAUCUUCCCUUCUUUCCUCAAAUGGGUCAGUUUUGUUCUGAGCCUUUUUCCGGACAUUUUCAGUUGCUAAUCGAGUCUAGCAAAGGAUUCUGUUUGCUUUUCUUUUCCACUGAUGACUGUAGCCAAGCUCCUUAAUGCACCCAACUCUUAAGAUCUGCAUUAACAGUAGUAGAUGGAAACUAACAUAAAUGAUUAAGGUGUUUGAUUUUUCAUUUACAUUUUGCGCAACCUCUGGAUGAAAGCCUGCAGGCUCAAUGCAUUCUAAGCAGAAUAUUCACAGUCCAUAAAAAUCUGACAUCAGAGAUCGAGAAGUUUGAAGAUUUUUUUUUUUUUUAAACAGCUUUAAGUUUUACUUUUUCUGUCAUCUGGCUUUGAUCUUGGAUGAUCAAGGAGGAAAAGUCAGACACUUCUCCGGCAUAUUGAAGUUUCUUUUGCCACUUUUCUGCACCGUCUGGCCCCGUUAACCCUCCUGUUGUCCUCAUUUACAGGUACAAAAAAAUUUAGAUUUCUUGUCUGAAAAAAAUCUCCAAAUUAAGCAAAAAAAAAAAAUUCCCCCAAUUUCAGAAAAUUUGCAAAACCUUUAGGGAGAAAAUUCCACUAAUUCCUCAAAAGUUUCCCUUAAAAAAUGUUAUAUUAAAAAAAAUCUCUCAAAUUUGGCAAGAAAAUUCUCGUAAAUACUUUCAAAAAAUGAGUAAGAAUCUUCCAAAAAAUCCUAAAAAGUGAUUACAUAUAUAUCAGUCAAACUUUGAAUAUUUUCUUUAAGAACAUUCACAAAAAAAAUAUUAUUUUUUGUGAAUGUUCUUAAGAAACAUUUUUCUUUUUUUUUCCAACAAAAAAUGUUCAAAAAUUUCACGAAAAUGUUGAAAAUGUGGACAUCAGAAUUUUCACGGUGAAAAUAUAUUUUUUCCUACAUUUUCAAACUUGAAAACUGGUCAGUUUGACCCGCAGGACGACACGAGGGUUAAAAAACGAAUAAAUCCAAACAUUCUGAUCAGCUACAGCCGCUGUGCCCCUUUGGUUUGGACCCCAGUCUUUUGUUUUUUUCUGUAUUCCCACAUCUCACUUAUUAAUUCAGUGAUUUCCACGUUGUCGCGAUCGAUAGAAGUGACGGCCGGAACUACAAAAACGGAACCGUAUCGAGCAGAACUGACCUCUGAGUGGCGGCGGUCGCUGUACAGAAGCACAGAUGGAAGAAUUAAGAGGCUGUUUGUGUCGUCGGGGCUCCAGAGGUCACACAGCUUUACUGUUGCCACACACACACACACACACACCGAGGCGAAACGCACACCUUCUCACACACACUUGGACUAUUUUGCUACAUGAGUUAAUACUGUAUAUUUCUUGAUAUGUUUGAUACUGUGGUGUAAACGUAGUGUCUCGCUAUGGGGAUGUAGGGGGGAGUUUAUUUGGACUCUCGGGUGAGACGGGGGAGGUCCAGUAUCGGUGUGACUGUCACCUUCUCUCUCUCUCUCUUACCUCCUUCUGUUUUUGAGGGGAGACGUUCUCUCUGUUACCUUUCGCUCGUCCGGCCUGAAACAUUUUUUGGGGAAAAAAAGAAAAAAAAACAACAAAAAAAACGCCAUUUUUGUUGGAACUGAUCACAAGCACAUUCCUGACUCUCCUCUGUCUGUGCUGUCCUUUUUCUCCAGAUACGACAUAUGUCUAGUUCUUGCUGACUCACAUGUAUAUAAAGUGCAUAUAUGUGUACACAUGUGCAAUACACGCUACUCGAGCAAUCUAUUACUGUGACUAUUAUUAAUGAUGAUACUCGUCCCUUUUUCUUUUUUUUUUUGAAGUUUCAGCCCGUUUUUAUUAUCUUGUUGUUCUCUUCUUCCUCCUUGUCCUGAUUUGCUGUUGAUGAAUUGUGUUGCAGGAGCUUAAAAAAGGGAAGGUGACUCUUGUGAUUCUUCACGCGGUUUCAUUUCAGGGGUUUGUGGACAUUUAAUUGAAGCCCUUUUUUUUUAAAUUACUCUCACUGUAAUGUUGUGAUGUUGAUCCUGAUUAUCUGUUUCUUUGUUGUUUUUUUUUAAAGUGGGCCUGUUGUUAAAUUUGUCUGGAAACUCAAUAAAGCAAUUCACUGAC